AUGGGUAUCGACCUGAGGGCCGGAGGCCGCAACACCAAGGUGCACCGCACCGCACCAAAGUCUCAGAACCCCUACGUGAAGCUGCUGGUGAAGCUAUACCGCUUCCUGGUCCGCCGCACGGAGUCCGACUUCAACAAGGUCAUCCUGAAGCGCCUGUUCAUGUCCAAGGUGAACCGCCCGCCGCUGUCCCUGUCCAAGCUGGCCAAGUUCACCGCGGGCCAGCCCGGCAAGAUCGCCGUGCUCGUGGGCACCGUCACCGACGACAUCAGGCUGCACGAGGUCCCCAAGAUCCGCGUCGCCGCGCUGCGCGUCACCGAGACCGCCCGCGCCCGCAUUGUCGCCGCCGGCGGGGAGGUGCUGACCCUCGACCAGCUGGCCCUGCUGGCGCCCACCGGCUCCAACACCGUGCUCCUGCGCGGCCCCAAGAACAGCCGCGAGGCGGUGAAGCACUUUGGCCCCGCCCCCGGCGUGCCCGGGUCGUCCACCAAGCCCUACGUGCGGUCCAAGGGCCGCAAGUUCGAGCGCGCACGUGGCCGCCGCAGCAGCCGAGGCUACAAGGCCUAG